GUGAUGCCAGAUUCCUUAAGUCCUGCAAGGCUGGGUGAAACAAGUCAUGAAAUAGAUGAGAAGGUGACGACUGUCAAAGUGUCAUCUCGGCCAAAAAAACACCACUCCCCUUCUGGAACCAUUGAAACUGUCAACCUUGAUGCCAUCCCUCUGGCCACAGCUUGUCUGGACAACAGUGCAGCAAAGCACAAACUCUCAGUCAGGCCAAAGAAUCAGAGGGUUUCCAAAAAGCACAGGUUGUCCAAGGAGGUACAAAGUGUAAUAGCAACUGAGUUUGGACAAGAAAUCCUAGAAUCACAGGACAGUGAAGAUAAAACCUCAAAAGAUGAUGGCUAUCAUGGACAAGGCAAGUUAAUCCAACACAGGGAAGUCCAGGAACAGAAAACUGAAGGAAAACAAAAACAAGAUCAUUGGAUAAAUCUUGAGACAGGGAAGAAGGAACAAAUGGCUGAAGUAAGAUUUAAAAGCCAUAUGGAACACAAAAGACUUCAAGAAUUUGAGGGAAGCCAAGGAGAACAAGCAGGAAAAAAACCAAAGCUUCAGGAAGAGCAACUUCAUCAAAUGGAAGGGAGAAAAGAUCAAGAUCAUCAAGUAAAAGGGCAAAAAGAACAAGAAAACCAGGGAAGGAAUGAAGAGAGGCCUGAAAAAUUGCAGGCACAAAUACAAGAAAAAUCUCAGGAACUAGGGGAACGAAAGCAAAUGAAUCAAGAACAGGCACAACAUGAACUGGAGGCACAAAGACAGCAGGAAGAGCAGAAACUGCGUGAAAUGGACAUGCAAUGGCAGCAGGAGAAAAAGAAGAAACAACAAGAACUAGAGGCACAAUGGCAACUGGAGGAGGCAAAGAGACAAUAUGAACUGGAGGUCCAAAGACAACAACAGGAAGAUCAGAAAAGAUGUGAAAUGGAGGCACAAAGACAGCAGGAAGAAGCAAAAACACAGUGUGAACUGGAACUACAAACACAGCAAGAGGAAGCAAUGAGACAACAUGAACUGGAAGUCCAAAUACAACAGCAGGAAGAACAAAAGAGACAAUGUGAACUGGAACUACAGAGACAAUGGAAGGAAGAACAAAAGAGACAACGUGAACUGGAGGUCCAAAGACAGCAGGAAGAAGCAAAGAGACAACAUGAACUGGAACUACAAAGACAGCAGGAGGAAGAACAAAAGAGGCAGCAUGAACUGGAACUACAGAGUCAGCGGGAGGAAAAAGCAAAGAGACAGCGUGAACUGGAACUACAAAGACAGCGGGAGGAAGAACAAAAGAGACAGCGUGAACUGGAACUACAAAGACAGCGGGAGGAAGAACAAAAGAGACAACGUGAACUGGAACUACAAAGACAGCGGGAGGAAGAACAAAAAAGACAACGUGAACUGGAACUACAAAGACAACGGGAAGAAGCAAAAAGACAACGUGAACUGGAACUACAAAGACAGUGGGAGGAAGAACAAAAGAGACAACGUGAACUGGAACUACAAAGACAGCAGGAGGAAGAACAAAAAAGACAACGUGAACUGGAACUACAAAGACAACGGGAGGAAGCAAAAAGACAACGUGAACUGGAACUACAAAGACACCGGGAGGAAGAACAAAAGAGACAACGUGAAUUGGAACUACAAAGACAGUGGGAAGAAGCAAAGAGACAACGUGAACUGGAGGUCCAAAGACAACAGCAGGAAGAAUGGAAGCGACAUGAACAGGAGGCCCAAAGGCAACAGGAGGAAAAGAAGAGACAAUGUGAGCAAGAAGAACAAAGGCAUAAAGAAUGUGAGGUACAGAAACAGCAGAAAGUCAAAGAUCAAAAAGAAGAAAAGAGACAUCAAGAAACAGAAGAGAAUGGCAAUUCGAUCCAGGAAGGAUGGAAGGAUAAAAAGCAAGAACCAGAGAAGCAAAAGGCCCAGGAAGAAAAAUUAAGCCAUCAGAAUUUGGAAAAGCAGAAGAUGAAAGAACUUAAAACAGGGCAAACUGAUGAGUCUGAAAAGGUGUCUGAACUGAACCAACAACCACUGCAAGAGCAAAAAAGAGAAAUAGGACAGAGACAGAAAGAACGAGAACACAGCAAAAAUCUAGAUGGUAGAGACAAACUGCAAGAGAAGGGAAUAGCUAUGAAACUAAAGCAACAAGAAGAGCAACAGCAGAAUCUGGAUGCAAAACAACUAAGUACAAAUGAACAAAAGCAGCAAAAAUCAGCAAGAUCGGUUGGAUCAACAGAACAUAGAAAAUUGGAACCAGCAGAAAUACGGCAUUUGUGGGCUGAAAAGGAGGUACAACAGGAAGAAUUUAUACAAAGGACAGAGGGACUACAGUUGGAAGGACAGAAAAUCUUCUGUUUAGGAGAACAGAGGCCAUUGGAAAAGCCAGAAGAAGACGACAAAUCCCACCAGUCACAAAUGAAUAUAAAUCAGCAUUCAGAAGAUUUGGAAACUGUUGAGAAAGAGUUACCACUUAAAGAAGAGCCAAGACAGCAACAGAAAACUCAGCCAGGCAAAGAACUGAAAGAAGAAGGAAGUCUAAGAAUUAAUCAGAGGAUGAACAUUGAAGUUGAGGAGCAGGAAAGAGUUCUUGGUGAAGAAUUACGUUGGCAGGAAGUUGAUGCCCGGCAAACAAUGUCCAGGGGCUUCACCUUUCAAGUGUCUUCUGGAGAAAAAGAAAUUAUAUUUCCAAAAGUGAAUUUAACCCCAGUUACACCUACUAAAGAGGCACCACUUCCUUCUGCCACAAAAGAAUUUAAAGAUCCUAAAUCUAGUAGAGGUUCUAAUAGUCUUCCAACCUCUUUGUGUGUCCCGCAUACAGCAAUCUUGGUCACUGGAGCACAACUCUGUGGCACUGCAGUAAAUCUCAACCAGAUAAAAGAUACAGCCUGUAAAUCUUUACUUGGUUUAACAGAAGAAAAGAAAGCAAUGGAUGUGGCUCAACCCGAAAGCAUCCAGAAACUUGUUGAUGGCAGGCCGAACAGCACUAAAGUGAAGCAUGUUCAAGACUCAAUGGACAACCAAGCCAUCCUGGCUGAGUGGGCUUCAAUUCGGUCAAAAAUCUUAAAAGGUGCAGAAAAUGAUAAACUUAAUGAGAAAGACAAUGGGAGUCUUAAUAGGCAUAGUGAUGAUUGGACAACUAAAGGUCGAAGUAAUUCCCAUGGUAACUUACGAAAGACUUUGUCUGCAAAUGCAAAGUUUUCUAUAACUCCUGCAUGGCAGAAGUUUUCAGAAAGCUCAAAAAUCAACAUAGCUGCAGAGAAUAAAACUGCUCCUGAAGUGGAAAACGCAGCAAUGCAGUUGAGUCCAUUGACUCUGGAUGCAAACAAUGAGGCAAUCCAAACAGAGGCACCAGUUGGUACAAAGAAUGUAGGAACGUCACCAGGGAAAAUCAGAGGGCAACAGGAAGUAGCAGGUAAUACAGAGGGAUGCAAGUUUGCCAAAGAUCUCCCAUCUUUUCUUGUUCCAAGUCUCCCAUAUUCUCCAAAUAAAGAAACCUCCCCAUCAGAAACUUUGUCAACAAUGGAAACUCAACAGAAUGUUGGUUCCAAAAAAUUGGACCGAGCUUCACCAAGUGGAGAAGAAAACGUGUCCCCAUUUGGAGUGAAAUUAAGGAGGACCAAUUAUUCCUUGCGUUUUCACUAUGACCAACAAGCAGAGCAAAAGAAGAAGAAAAGAUACAGUGCAGGAGAUAGUUUUGAUGGCUUGCCAACUCCACUGGUCACCCCAGACAAUGAACAAGAUGCAAAACCUUUAUUUUUAAAAGACAGCAAAUCUCUGAGUCAAGAGAGAAAGGAUGCAAGGCUUAACUCUGGUAAUACCACAUUAACUAUUAUCAGUCACAAUUACACCAUAGUUCCUCCUAUAUCUUCUCCUACUGGCCAUAUGUCUGCACCUGGUCAAGAAAAAUCUGUUUCUAAAUCACCACUUCCACCAAAACCUGCAUUGGCUCCAAAGCCCAUCAGCCAAACACCACCUCCCUCUCCUCUCUCAAAACCCCGCAGAUCUCACUUCAUUGAACCCAUUGGGAAAAGGGGGUCUAAAGUGGAACCUGACACCAGCUGGAGAAAAAGUGAAAGCAAAGGGAGUCCUCACCUCUACCAAGCAACCAGUGAAAGCAAGAAUGAGGAGGAAGAAUCUAGAGAGAAAAAAUCAUUUUUUCCAUCCAUCACCAUGCCCUGGAGAGAGAAAGCAGAGAAAAAGCCGGAACCAUUGAAAAAAGAAAGGCCAGUUCUUCAGAGCAGGCAUUCCAUCGAUGGUUCAAAACUGAUGGAGAAAGGGGAAACUGCACAGCCUCUUUGGAUCACGUUGGCACUACAAAAACAGAAGGGCUUUCGGGAGCAGCAAGCAACGCGCGACGAAAGGAGGCAAGCCAGAGAGGCUAAACAGGCUGAGAAACUGGCUAAAGAAAAUGCCAGCAUAAACAACCAGGCAGAUAAUAAAAGCAAUAAUAUGAGCAGGUCAAACAUACUGCAAAAGUCCACUGCCUCGGAAGAAGAGAAAAAAAUUGAGACGGCGACAUCAAGAUUUGAACGCAGAGAACAGUUCAAAAAAUCUAACACCCUGCCUUCAUCUGUCACAGUGGAGAUCACCGACUCCGUUUCGUCAUCCCCCUUGGCUAAAGAAGUCACCAAGAGAUUCUCUACGCCGGAUGCUAAUCCCGUUUCAACCGAACCUGCUUGGUUGGCCUUAGCGAAGAGAAAAGCGAAAGCCUGGAGCGACUGUCCUCAGAUCAUUAAGUAAAUGGUUCUAGCUUUUCUGCUUUACUCUUGUUGGAGAGCCAUCUCCUUUUUAUGAAUAUUCUCAAAUGGCAAAAUGCUCCUGAACACAUUUAAGCGCAUACUCUGACUGAUGAGAGUCAUUGAACUGUUGAUUAUGUUUUUCAUCUACCUAGUGGAAUCGGUUUGGGGAUUCAAGGCCUUUAGAAAAACUCUGCAGGCGAGCAUUCAGGAUCUGUCUCUUUUAAAAAGAUAGGAAAGUUCAAGCCGGUACUUGAGUUUCAGGCCACUUUAAGCACCACUGCUUCAGUGUUAUUGAAUGUCAGCUUCCCAGUAAAAAUAAAUUUUACUUGGAUAUUUUACAAACACCACUCAGGUACAGGAAUGGGAAAAAUCAGCUUCUGCCAUAGUUAUAAUGAGAGAACUUUUAUUAAUUUGCCUCCAAUCUAGUAAGGUGGACUUCAGAAAUAAUGAAAUGUAAUUUGGGAGUGAUGAAAGCACCAGGUUUUUCUUUUACCCUAAAGAGUUUUUCCUGAAGUUUUUAGUUCUGAACAGGGUCACGCUCCUCAAAUGUAUUAAAUGAUUCAGUAAUUAAUAUAUUCAAGCUAGGCUACAUCAAAGAUUUCUCUCCUGUAUUUCUCUAAGUGAUUCUCCAAGCCAUGAACAGCCCUUGUGCAAACUGCAUUAUCCUAUUUUCAUUUCCAUUGCAUCCAGAAAGAUAUUAAUGCAACAACAAAUUUUUACUUAUUUAUUUAUAUAUGCCCCCAUUCCUUCAGGAAUGCAAGGCAUCUUGUCUUUUCUUCUCUCCCUUAUUUUAUCCUCACACCCCUGUACAAUAAGAACACACCAAAUACGUAGCUCAGCCGUAUUUGGUGAGAACUGUACCUAGGUUGCCAGUAUUAAUCUAACACUCUCAUCACUACUCAUGCAUGCGUAGUGCAAGGUAUAGUGAUAUAAAAUAUGUCUUUCAGUGACAGAAAGCAUAAAGUACAGUCCCCAGCAGGUGUGCCUGUAGGAUGUGGCCAAAAAUGUCCAGAUGGUGGUUACAACCAUGUGAUUGAAGUUCCACCUGCUUUUAAUGGGUGUCACCCAUAAAAAUGGGUGGAGUGCCAAUAACACCAACUUGGCUUUUUGAUCAAAACUGGUGGACACCCUUGACGCCUGGCCAUUCACAUUAUCUGGAAGAGGCUAGUCCAACCUUCUCUAGUCUGUUAUCUUUUAGAUGUGUUGGGUUUCAGUUCUUUGGGAUUUGAUACACAUCUGUAGGGCAGCAGACUAUGGGGUGGAUAAUCUAGACUCUUUACACUUCAUUCCAUUAGGAAGUAUACUGUGUAUUCCCAAGACCAUCUUUCUGUUUGUCACGCUUCAUUAGCAGUUUCCUCUACAUCUGUGCCAUGCUGCUGCAUUUUACCUUUGCAAACCAUCAGCACAGCAUUUCUGUUAAUGGCACUGGGUAAAACAAUGUAGCUACUGUGUUAAUAGUUGUUACUUUUUGUAGUGGUACAAGAAGUCUUGGAAUGGAUUUCAGAUUUUGGAAUUGAUUUAAUUAGGGAAACUGGAUUGGGACUGCCAAAUGCCAGCCAACUACUGGACAGCAGCAAAGAUACAGAAACCUCUUAAAUUGGAGGUUGGAGUCUUGCAGCUAAGCUAACGAAAGCCUUAGAUUUGAAAAACUAAUUGUAAAGAAAAUGUAGUCUAUUUACACCUAAGUAUUGCUGCCCUAUAAAACCUGUAUUCCUAAAUUAUAGUUGAGUUAUAUUUUCCAGUUAGACUUUAAAUUGCUUCACAUUUAAAUAUUGUGAAAAUAGUGUUCUAUUGCACCAAACUUCAGAUUGUUCCAAUGGGUAAAAAUUGGUUCAAACAGAAUUUGAAUUCAGAAUUUCUGUUUCCCGUAACUGCAACAUCAGUUUAGAAUUAAAACAUUUUAAGAUAGAAAACUGCACUCUACUAAACUACAUUCUCAUUCCCUUCCCCCCCCAAAAACCCCACCAUGUAUCUUUAGCUAGAUUGCAGGAAAAAAUGAAUCCAACGAACAGUGUGAAAAUUGCAAUUUUGGUCCAAGACAACCAAACUGAUAAGAGUUACUGAAUAGGCAUAAAACAGCAGAAGAAAAAGUCUGCUGUGUUGAUAGAGAAGCACGAUGCUGGGUUUGAUAGUUGAGUAACUGUCACAAGGAAAGUUGUUCUUGUGGCCACUGCCACUUUUGGUAGUUUAUGUAUAUUCAGGACAUAAACUUCUUCAAGACUCAUCUUGCUUCAGAACAGGAAAGCCUCACUAGAAAUAUAACUUAAAGGUUCCAUUUAGGAUCUCCUGGUAACUGAGUAAAUAGUGGUUUGAAGAAUGAAAAAUGACCUUUUUUGCCAUUCACAUAAAGCAGUGAAGAUUUCAUCCAGUCUAAUAGUGAGGUAUGCUAAAUUCUUGUUCACCCUUAUGGCAGCUCAGCGAUCUUUAAGGACUGUAAAAUGUAAUCCUCAGGUUGUGCAGUUCGAGCAGAGUUUGAGUUUCUUCUGGACUUCAAUCUUUUGCUCACCCACAAUUUACUGAUUUCAUUAUUGCAGACAAUGUAAUGGUUCAUCAGUUGACGCCAGGAAUAGCUCCGACUGAAUAUGUUACAAAUAACUUAUAGUAGAAAUGGAUGCAAACUUACAAAAGACCUGCUCUGACAAAGUUAACGCUCCCUCACCCCCAAGGUGGCAUAUAGUAUAUUUACAAGCAUUUUAAUGUGCAUAUACUUAAUGUAAAUGUCAACAUGCAAUUGCAAAGAAAUUGUGUACAAGUCUCAAUUUCCUCAAAUUCAAUUAGAUUUCUAGAUUGUGAGAACAGAGUUGGGGGAAGGGAAUUGGGGAAGGAAUUGGUGAGGUGGAUGGGGCAAAGCAAAGCAGAACAGGUAAUUUUAAGGGGAAGUAGGUGUUAUUUGCAUGGGAAAAAAGGGAAACAAAUCUCCCAAAAUAAUUCUAUAGAUGGCUAGCUCAGAGCUUAGAGUCUGUAAAUAGUUUGAAACCAGUCUUUUCAAGCAUGAGGACAUAUGGUGAAUUAAAACUGCUUUCAGUCCAGGGAAGCAGGACAACAGCCAAGGGCCACAGGAACCCUGCUCCUGUAGCAGUUCUCCCAAUUUUGCUCUGGUUUUUCAGGCUCAGCCACCAUCACACAGAAUUAUCAUCAAUGCUGAUAGCCCUAAUUAUCCCUUCAGCAUUAAGGGAUUCCUGGACAGUGUUGGCACAUCCUUUCCCUUUGCUCUACCUAACAGGUGAUGCAAGAUAGCAAAUCAGUUGCCCUCCAUGCUGGUCUGCACGUACAGAGUCAUCCCUACAGGCCAGAUGUUGGCCCUCUGUGCUGCAGAGUUUUGUAUUGAUAAUCUCCAUUUCUGCAUCAGUGAUUGGAUCAAAGCUGGGCUACAUAAAAUAUUUUGUUGAUAAACAUUUCUAUAAGCCUGUUUUAACAUUGUCAUUUCAUAUAAAGUCAACUUGAACUUUUGCACUAAAUACCAAUGAAGUGUUACUUUGCUUAAGCUUGGUUGCAGCCUUUCUUAAUAAACAAACAAACAUGGAUAACUUCCAACACUUUAAAACUGAUCAAACCACUUUGAACCACGUGGUCUCAAUUUUUAUUUUUUUGUAACAUACACUUGGUCCUUGCCCAGAGAAAGUUACUCAUACCCAAGUCUUGUUGGCAUUAAUAGAGCUUCUGUCAGCAGUAACUAAAGUAUCCUAUACACUAACAGGCAUUGGGCAUAACUUUUUCUAGAUAAAGGCAAAAUAUUAUUUGAGGUUAUGAAUGAUUAACCUCAAUUGUUCAUAAAGUGGUGUAUAAAAUUAUAAACAUGUAUAAUUGUGGAUUUUGUUUUGUGUACUUUUUUAAUUUUUCAAAUGUUUUAAAGUGCAAUUGUUUCUUAUACUAAUAUCAUUUUAAUUCCAAUUAAACUAUAAUAUGCUGAAAGCUGGGAGAUUUAUUUAUUCAUUAUCUUUUGUUAAAUGUGUCUGGUUACUUUAAAAGAAGAAACUGAAUUGAUAUAUGAAUAUAACUGUUUUUACAAUACAAUACAACAUGGGAAAAAUUAACAAUGACUAAGGGGUAUGUUAGUAGAAUUUCUAUUUUCAGUUUUUGAUCGUCACAACUUUAAUGUAAAUGGUCCAUCACUGAAAAUUUGUUCUAUAUAAAUAAAAAUAGCAGUGUUUCUAUAGAAAAUACUUUUUAUUUACUUAUUCAUUCACUUCAAAAAUUCAUAAAGGUGUGAAACAGUUUAGCAGCAAAGCCAUCCUAGAUAAUUGGUAAUGUGGGGAAACACUUAUAUUGUGACAUACUUCCGCAUUAUUAACCGUUGUUUAAAAAUACAAGGAGAGAGGGAAAAAGAACAAUUUCGCUCAAGAAUUUUGCGGAAAUGUCUUGGGACAAGAGAAAACCCCAUUUAGAGAUGCAUAAUCAAUGCUUCAAGAUCACACUAAGGGUACUAAGGGUAGUUUGCUUAUUUUUGGUUUAAAGUCAUAAAUAAACCAAUCAAUGUUAGAAAUCCUGUUUUGCUGCAUUCAGACACUGCACUAAGCCAUAAAGUGAUUUGAUUAGAAUCUAUAUUUCAAAAGGUUCCUAUGUGCAAUUAUUCUUUGUAGGAUAUUACCCUGCCAUAUAACACAACAAUAUUAUUAUAUAAUGAUAAUCAUAUAAUUAUACAUUAUAUUAUAUUACUGUAAUGGUACAGCACUCUAAAUAAAAAGGGCAAUUAUGUGGAACAAAAGAGAGGAAAUCACAGAGCUAGCCAGAAAUCCUGCAUGUUCUCUGGAAUAAAUGUAAAUUGAUGUUAUUAGGUCAUAAAACAUAUGUAUUCUUUUCACAGUAUCUUUCCAACCUUCAUAAUUAUACUUAGAAUUUCAGUACACUUUCAGAACUAUUAUCUACCCAAAUCUCCUGAACUGAACAUAUAAUUUCUUUAGAUAUCUGCAAUAUCCAAUAACAUUUUCCACACAGCCUAAUUUUUGGCCUUAAGUUUGCAUGCCAGUCAAAAUCCCAAAUAAUUUCUGCAUCAACCAAAAUGUUUUAUAUUUAGCUAUUCAAUGGUUUGAUUUUUUAAAUAAAUAAAUAUUCAGAAAUCUGGUUUCUAGAAGAAUCGUAUUCCAUUUUUGGAUAUGAUACUGAAUACAGAACGCUAACUCCUAGGCUUGAGUGUUGACUUUGGUAGUUUAAAA